UUAAACCAAGUUACCGACCAACUUCUCAUACUUCAACGCUCAUUACUCAACCUGUUGCUUUCAUGGUUUCAUCACCAAAAGGUUUUGUCUUGGAAGUAAUCAUCCUCUAUGAAUUUUUCAUGCUUAAUACCAUAAUCUUAACCUAUUUUUCCCCACAUGAAUAUCUCUUCAAACCCCAUGGCACAUGCUAUUGCUAUACUCUUCAUAGUUUUUUCAUUUCUAUUCAUUCCUGCAACUACCCUUUUUGAAUCCGAGCAAGAAGGAUACAUAUCUGCAGUUAUAUCCAAUAAGGGUCUUGAUUUUGCUAAGGAUUUGCUGAUUGAGAAAGCUGUUUCUUCCAUGAUUCCACUUCAGCUGUCGGAUAUCGAGAAGUCUGUGAAAAUCCCAGUUAUUGGCAAAGUUCAGCUUGGUCUAUCGGAUAUCAUAAUUUGCAGUGUCGAUAUUGCUUCUUCAUCAGUUGAAACUGGGGAGUCUGGUAUUGUUUUAGUUGCUUCUGGUGCUACUGCUAAUUUGAGUAUGGACUGGGGGUACUCCUACAAAACUUGGGUAAUUACUAUUUCUGAUAAAGGAACUGCAAUAGUUCAGGUUCAAGGCAUGGUAGUGGUGCUUAAUGUAGCUUUAAUAAACCAAGAAGGAACUCUCAAGCUAUUAUUAUUGGACUGUGGAUGUCAUGUGGAAGAUAUCUACAUAAAGGUGGAUGGUGGAGUGUCUUGGCUUUAUCAAGGGAUCAUUGAUGCGUUCCAAGGGAAAAUAGUGUCUGCAGUUGAAGAUGCUAUUGUCAAGAAGAUCAGAGAAGGGAUAAUCAAGCUUGACUCAUUACUGCAAUCACUUCCAAAGCAAAUGCAAGUCAAUGGUGUUGUUGCAUUAAAUGUUACUUUCAUGGAUGACCCGGUGCUCAGCAAUUCUUCUGUCAAACUUGAAAUUAAUGGUCUAUUCACUGGAGCAGAUGGAGUUUCAGUUUCGAACAACUGCUACUACUACCAUAAAGGAUCACAAACUUUCCUUUCCUCCAAGGGUUCAGCAAAGAUGGUUGAAAUUUCAUUGCAUGAAAAUGUUUUUGACUCUGCCGCAUCAGUAUACUUCAAGGCAAAUUACAUGCACUGGAUUGUUGACAAAAUACCUGAUCAGUCCCUCAUGAACACUGCUGGCUGGAGAUUCAUUAUACCUCGACUGUAUGAGCAAUAUCCAGAUGAUGAUAUGAAUCUUAGUAUGGCUGUAACUUCUCCACCAAUCAUACGAAUCACAGAUCAUGACAUUGGCACCACUAUUUAUGCAGAUUUGGUUAUCGAGGUUUUAAGUUCUGGUGAAGUUGUGCCAGUCGCUUGCAUCUCAUUGGUGAUAAGUGCAUCAUGUUCUGCAGAAAUACAUGGGAACAAUCUUGCUGGUAGCAUUAGGUUGGUCAACUUCACAUCAUCUUUGAAAUGGAGUAACAUCGGUAAUCUUCACAUGCAUCUUGUUCAGGCUGUGAUGUCAACGAUCCUCAGAACCUUCUUCGUGCCAUACCUGAACUUACAUCUUGGCAAAGGGUUCCCUCUACCACUACCCCAUGGUUUCACCCUUCAGAAUGCUGAGAUCAUCCUCCAGGAUUCCAGGGUUACAGUUUGCAGCGAUGUCAGGUUCACAGACAGAUAUGAUCUCAACAACCAGCUGCCAGUUUCUUGGUAACAUGCACAGCUUGAUGUGCAUACUAAAAAUCAACUGUGUUCAUUGUUCAUGUAAAUGGAAGUAUGUGCAAAAUGAAAGCUGAAAACAGAAUAUAUUCAUAUUAUCUCAUUGUUAUGUAUUACAUUUUGUACUAAUAAAGGUUUAUAUUCGAUA